UGUACUGCUGCCUGGUUGUUAUAGUGAUAAGCUAGGGCCCUCUGCAUCCUUGUUACUACUUAUAGGAUUUAAACAUCAACCUUCUGUUCCUCUGGAGACAACACGGAGGGAAGAAAAAAAAAUAUCCUUUACAGGCAGAGUCAGAAGGAAGGUCCUUAGGGACUGGAAAGCCAUACGUAUUCUUUUCCUGGCCAUGCCAGUGCUCAGCAUUGAUGCUGAGUCAGAUACUGGUAUCCCAGUAUCCCUUUGUGAUGAGCUUCCCUUGAAAACCAUGGAGGAAUUAGAGCAUACAUGUCCUCAUCCUCGGUCGACUAUAAUUGCACCUGCCCCAUUUGCUGAAGAAACAACGUAUGAGUGUAAGGCCCCACAUGAGAAAUUAACCAUUGCUCAGGCUCGUAUAGGAACACCAGUUGAUCGUCCUGUCAGGGUGUAUGCAGAUGGAAUAUUCGAUCUUUUCCACUCAGGCCAUGCAAGAGCCCUUAUGCAAGCCAAAAACCUGUUUCCUAACAGCUACCUGCUUGUUGGAGUUUGCAGUGAUGAACUGACUCACAAAUACAAAGGCUUUACAGUGAUGAAUGAGACUGAACGAUAUGAGGCUCUUCGUCACUGUCGUUAUGUGGAUGAGAUUAUCACAGAUGCUCCAUGGACCCUAACACCAGAAUUCCUAGAGAAGCAUAAGAUAGAUUUUGUUGCACAUGAUGACAUCCCAUACUCUUCUGCAGGUUCAGAUGAUGUUUAUAAGCAUAUAAAAGAAGCUGGCAUGUUUGUGCCCACACAAAGGACAGAAGGCAUCUCCACAUCUGACAUAAUCACUAGAAUUGUGCGUGAUUAUGAUGUUUAUGCAAGGCGCAACUUACAAAGAGGCUACACUGCAAAAGAGCUAAAUGUUAGUUUUAUAAAUGAGAAAAAAUAUAGAUUUCAAAACCAAGUUGACAAAAUGAAAGAAAAAGUAAAAAAUGUGGAAGAAAAAUCAAAGGAAUUUGUUUAUAAAGUAGAGGAAAAGAGCCACGACCUCAUUCAGAAGUGGGAAGAGAAGUCCCGAGAGUUUAUUGGAAACUUCUUAGAGUUAUUUGGACCUGAUGGAGCCUGGAAGCAGAUGUUCCAGGAGCGCAGUGGAAGAAUGCUCCAAGAGACAAGAGACAGUCCCACUGGCAGUCCUAUAAGGGAGUGCUCGCCAUCACGCUCUCCAUCUCCCACUUUGCCAUGGAUGCAUAACAAGUCAUCACCUCCUUCUUCUCCAAAAGGCGCUUCGGCCUCUAUUAGCAGCAUGAGUGAGGGAGAUGAGGAUGAAAAGUAACCUAUAAGAACUUUCAUAGGAAACAGUUAGGUCUUUAGUUAGAAAAGGUUUCCAAAGUAUUCUUGUCACAAGACACAGGCUAUUAUAGGGAUUUUACAUGGAGAGAACAAAGGUGUCGAGAAGUAAUCAGACAUCUUAGUUUGGUCUUUAAAAUACAAAAAUUAAAGGUUUGGUCUUAGUUACAGGCAUUGGUGCCAUUGAUAGGGUCAUCUGUAAAAGAAGGACCAGUAGCAGCUCAAGUUAAUGUAUUACUGACAUCAACAGGGUCCUGCAGUAUGAAGUGAUUACAUAUAAAAGAGAGCAUAAUAUGGAGGUGGAGAAGAGAAGCUAUCUUGGAAGGUUAGCAUAUGGACAUUAGAACAGAUGCAUGCCGUGCUUAUGUGCACAGUAAACCAACAAUGUUUUCCUAUUUUCUACAAUGAGUUAUGGGAAAUUGCUGUAAGAUGACAAUUCAGUUAGCUUGUAAAAUACCAAGCAGGCUGUUUCAUUCCUAUGCAUCACCCAGCUAGCCUUCUCUUUCAACAUAAGAAUUCUGUUAAGGAGGGAUGGUGAAAAUACAGAAAAAGUGCAUUUAAUAUACCUGUUUCACUUACAUAUUUUGUUGUACUAAUUGAAUUCUAGCUUGAUUGCUCUACUGCUAGGAAAAUAUACUGUAAUGAAAUCCAUCCAUGAUACAUAAAGGAAAAUAUUUCUAAAUGACUGAAGGUCAUACUAUGCUUGAAUAGAUGUGCAGUCACUCAUGCCUUCAGCCGAGUGGCUGGAGACUAAACAUCCUGGGCCGCAGGCAUUUGCCUGUAACAGUGAUAUUUAACCAGCCUGUAGAAGAAAAUGGAAAGCUCCAAGCUUGGCAGGGCUUACAAGGCAACCCAAGGGCCUACAGGAUUAUGAACAGCUGGAGGGCUUUACAUGGGCGUCUAUUGGUUUUCUCCUGUUACUGAAAGAAAAUGAAGGUUGUUGUAUACAGAGCAAUAGGCAUAAUUUACUUGAAGGAAAAAAAAACCCCACUAUAUGGCGUAAAAAACCACUCCCUGAUAUGCCUCUGUCAUGCUUUAGCCACUGCGUGAUUUUGCUUGAAUCUAAUGCUACUUUAUAGUAAGCCUAACUCUUUUUGGGGCCCUUGAUCCAGAGGCAUUGAGAAAUAUGGCAUUUGCUUAUUCUUUAUGUGCAGUAACUUUAAUGGCCCUUUCCUGAGCAAACAGAACGUAAAUGGUAAUGCCUUAAAAAAUAUUCAAAAACGUUUUACUGUGGUUAAGAAAUGGGGCAGCUAAUGUAAGGAAAAUACAUGAAAGAGGCAGUUAAAGGGGUUUUUCACCUUUAAAUUAACCUUUAGGGCAAAGACACACAGAGCUACUUAGUAUCAGAUACUUCUUGUGGCUACUAAACACCAGAAAGUACCCUGCCAUAUACAAUACUGAGAAUUGCCUCUGCUAAAAAACAAGUACAGACAAUUAUCAGUAAAUGAUCAGCAUUGUCUAUUACAUUAUUAUAUUAUAGUAGCCGUGACAAGUAGCUGCUACUAGUAGCUCCAAGUGUCUUUACCCUUAGUAUGAUGAAGGGAGAGUGAUAGUUUGAGGCAGUUUGCAAUUGGUUUUCAGUCAAUUAUUUGUGGGUUUUCUCUCAGUUCACUUUUUGUUCAGCAGCUUUCCAGUUUGGGAUUUAAGCAGCUAUCUGGUUGCUAGGGUCUUGUUUACCUUAGCAACCAGGCAGUAAGUAUAAGUUAGUUAUAAGUAUUAUAAGUAGUUAUAAUAAGAGACUGGAAUAUAAAUAGAAGAGGGACUGAAUAGAAAGAUAAGGAAUACAAAGUACCAAUAAUAUUAAAAUUGUAAUCUUACAGAGCAAUAGUUUUUGGUUGUUGGGGUCAGUGACCCCCAUUUGAAAACUAGAAAUAUGAAGUAGAAAGGCUAAUAAUUUGAAAACUAUAAAAAAAAAAAUAUAUAUAUAUAUUUGUGCCAGUCUGUAUGGAGUCAAGUACACUCUACUUAUGAAGUUAGCGGGUUAUUUAAUAAAAGGUGCUAAAUUUGCCCAUGAGCAGCAACCAAUCAGCAGGUAGCAUUUACUUGUCACCUGUUUAAAAGCAAAGAGCCAUCUUGUUGGUUGCUAUGAAUUACUGCACCUGGGUAAACUUAGCCUCUUUUAUUACAUAUGGGGGUUAGUGUGAAUGUAGCCUGUUUGUAAUCCUUAUAUAAUCAUGCACACCUAUCAGAUUGUUGCCCCAGGAAAGGCUGAGUGCACAACACAAGCUUGGGACUAGCAGGUGGGCUGGAGUCCUCCAUGAUACCAGUUGAUGAAGGUUAAAACAAAUCCACAGGGCCCUAUUUAAACCACAACACCCUUUUUUGCCAGUAUAAUGUUAUGUAAAGAACUCAACCAAUUUUUCACAGUGAGCAUUUGACCAUGGUUUGUUAUUUAUUAGUACAUCUAGGAGUGAAGCCAUUAUGUAUUACACAUGAAUGAUCUUUUCACUGGGACACAGAAGGCAAUACAUCUGCAUAAAUCUAGGUAUAGGGUUAAUUGUCACAUUCAUUGUUAAAAUAAACUGAGUUAGCUCUUUUUGGUGUGAUCAGUGAGGCCAUUAACAAGGAAUAAAAAGUGCAAGUAAUGGGAUCUGUAAUGCAGAAACCCAUUAUGCAGAAAGGAUACAGGAGGCCCAUCUCCCCCAGAGUCCAUUUUAAUCAAAUAAUUAACUAUGUUUUUAAUUUCCCUUUUCUCUGUAAUAAUAAAACAGUACCUUGUGCUUGACCCCAACUUUGAUGUAAUGAAUCCUUAUUGGAGGCAAUAGACUUGAAGUAUGGUGAUCCAAAUUACAGAAUGACCCGUUAUCUGGAAAACCUUAGGUCCCAUGCAUUCUAGAUAACAGGUCACAGGUUUCCCUGAAGAUAAAACCCUGCUCCCCACACUUACCUAAGGCUAGAUGUACCGAACGGUUUGAAUAUUUCCUGGGUUUUCCUACAUUCAUGCUAGAAAUCAUCAAUGACAGUUGAUUUAUUUUGCAGAUAUUAAAUUCACUAUUAAUGUAUACUUAUUGAAAUCUACUACAACAGCUGUAUUUUAUAUAGUGGGUUUAGCAUAUUUUUUAAAUAGUGGAACGGGGCUUGCAAUGGUCUGCCAGACAUUAGGCCACUCUAUUUAUAUGGGCGUAUUUAUUACUGGCUGAAAAUGAUAAAUAAAUAUAGAAGAGUGAAUAGGGAGUGUGGAAUUUCCCACAGGUAAGGUGUGGGGAGCCUUGUUUCACCCUCUAAUAAAUAUGCCCCUUAGCGUCAGUUUAGUUACAUAUUCUUGCAAAGUCUUGUGUCUUGAUUAACCAAAACGAAUCCGCAGAAACUGAAUGGGAAAUAGAUAGUGCUAAACCAGUGCCUUCUGUAUUCCAGCUUCAAAUGUGCCCACUUUGUUUCAAAUCAAUAUCGGGAGCCUUUACUAUGAACCCUGUGUUGUUUUAGACUUUUCUAAAGUGAAGGGUGGCAGGAUCCAGAAUGUCUAUAUGUAAUUCCUGGAAGAAAAGUCCUUUUUUUUCUAACAAUAAAUACAAGUGACUCGAAAAC